UCCCUUCUGUUACUUUCUCCUCUUCUUCUCCUAAAUUUGUCCUUAAUUGUGGUGAUUUGUUUUUGAAUAUAUACCCCUGGUUGUGAUUAUUUCCCUCUUUAACAAUUCCCUUUUGCCCCUCCUCUUUUAAUAUCUCACCUACCAAUUCAUUCUUCUCAUUCGUCUCUCGUGUGUCCCCUCUUUUCUGUUCCCCCUCUCACCCUUCAAGUAGUUAUUCCUCCCUCCUCCUUCCUUCUUCCGUCUCCCCCUCCUCUUUUCUUCCUUCACUCAGCCCCAUCACUGACCCAAUUAAAGAUAGGGAGGGACACCGCAGGAGAGAGACGGAGGUAAGGAGAGAAAGAGAGGGAGGACAGGCAGCGAGAGUAGACAGAGAGAGAGUUUGAGAGUCAGUGGCUGGAAGAAGAAAAAAAAAGCAGAAAGAGUCUGAAAACAAUUGCAGCCAACCUGCCAGGACACACAUGGUUUAUUGUCCGAACUUCACCAGGAACUUUAACAGCAUUUGACAGACUCGGAGGUGGCGGGGGUGGAGCAGCAAGCCGGCAGUCUCGCUGCCACGCAGUUAACGCUCUGGAUGAAGAAACGAGGAGAAUAACAAUCUACCUUCUGUGAAGAAAGCAGGCGAGGAGCCGUGCGGAGUGAGGAUGCCUGAAUACCACCGGCACAUAGAGGGAGGCUGAGAGGAGAGGCUGAAGAGACGAAGACGGUGCAUUCUUGGUUGGAGCUGAGGGGGGGGGAAGUGGUUGCCCUGGGGCGAGAGAAAGAUUUUUUGGUGUGAGAGAGAGAGAGAGAAGGGGGGAAAGGAUGCAUCUGUUCUUCCGAGACAAGUGGGAGUUGGAGGGGCUGCAGACUGUUGGCAUUCUGCUGGUGGUCUGCAGCUCCCUCAAACUGAUGCACUUUCUGGGGCUUAUCGACCUUUCAACGCCAGGUGAGAUGGAUGACAGCGUGGAGGAUGACUUUGAGCUGUCCACUGUGUGUCAUCGCCCUGAAAGCAUGGACAAGCUGCAGGAGCAGACCAAGUUCACCAAGAAGGAGCUUCAAGUCCUUUACAGGGGCUUCAAAAAUGAGUGUCCGUGUGGUGUGGUUAAUGAGGAGAACUUUAAGACCAUUUACUCCCAGUUCUUUCCGCAGGGAGAUUCAAGUAUGUAUGCACAUUUCCUGUUUGAAGCCUUCGACACGGACAAGAACGGCUCCAUUAGUUUUGAGGAUUUUGUAUUUGGCCUGUCUAUCAUAUUGAGAGGGACCAUUAAUGACCGGUUAAACUGGGCGUUCAACCUCUAUGACCUGAACAAGGACGGCUGCAUCACCAAAGAGGAAAUGUUGGACAUCAUGAGGUCUAUUUAUGACAUGAUGGGGAAAUACACAUACCCCACUAUGCAGGACGACGCUCCAAGAGAUCAUGUGGAAAGCUUCUUCCAGAAAAUGGACCGGAAUAAAGACGGGGUGGUCACCAUAGACGAGUUCAUUGAGUCUUGCAAAAAGGACGAGAACAUCAUGCAGUCCAUGCAGCUGUUUGACAACGUCAUCUAAAAGCCUGGAUCAGAGACAAAGUGGGCACCAGGGAGGGGAAUGUGUGUGUGUUUGGAAGAGGAACUGGGUUUUAAAAAAAAAGGAGAGAAAGAGUUAUGAAUGUGUGUGUAUGUCUGUUUUCAGACUUGCGAGCUUGUGCUUGUGACGAGAGCUUCAGUAUGAGUCCAGAGGGCUGUGAGAGGUCCUCGCCCUCUUCCUGGACCCCUGGUGGCAUUUCUACAAGCAACUAUGGAGGUAUCCCAACACCUUCGCUCAACAUGCUGAACCUUAGUUGUACCCCAGAGACACAGAGAAAGAAGACAAAGCAGCGGGCAAAACAAAGACUGUCCUUUUUUCUUUUCAUUUAUUACUAUUACUGAUGGAGGAACUAUGACAGCCUGUAAUGGUAACGUAAAUGUCUCCUAGGAUUACUUUUCCCCUUUUUCCCUGUGAUGGCCAAGAUUUGGAUUUUUUUUAAAUCGGACCCCAUGUCUCUGUGCAUGUGGAUGUCACACCUCCCUGGAGCUGCCAGACCGCUCAUACCCCAGCCAUGAAAGAUAGAUACGAGUCUGCCGCCAUCUAGUGGAGUAAGAAAGACACUCUUUUAGGAAACAAAUGAUAAAUUUGAGAUCCCGGCGAUCCUGUUCUAUGGAGGAUUUCCACCACGAACUGAUUUCAAUAUCGCAUGAUGAUGUCACUAAUAUCCAAUUAUGUAUUUACAGAGAUACUCCAAAGUCUGCUUGUCUGUCUGCUGUUCCCAGUCAUUCACAGGUGCCUCACCCUCUGUGUAUGUGUGUGUGCAUGUGUUACAGAAAGAGAUGUUGUCCAUCUUACCCAUGUGAGACUCUUAAGAGGAUCCCCCUUCACAGGAUCCUGGAGAAAUAGUACCCAGCCUUCCAAAUAUUACAGUCCUAGCUGUAGGUGUCUAAUGACUGUUGUAUAUUUUUAGCAUUCUCAGUGAAGUGAUGUUAGGCAGUACAAGGUGGGGAUUGCACUAUAGUCAAAGUAUCCAGCUGUUUUGACCACCCCAGUGUCUCUCAACACAGGACUUGACUACCACAGUCAUACUAGUCUGAUCAAUUUACAUUCAAGGGGAAGUUAUUAGAUCGCAGAUUGUAUUUGUGAACUUCUUGUAAUCAGAAGUCAUGUGGUUGUAGCAGAUUCUACCACUCCACCUCCCCCCCCCCCCCCCCCCCCCCCAACAAAAAAAAAUGUAGAAAACCUUUUUUUGCAUUAAAUUAGGCUCAAUCAGUUUCAACUAGGUAUAGAGUGUAUGUGUACUGUUAGCGAGAGAGACAUGGUUUAAUAACGUAGUUUUUUUAUGCCCCUCUCCAUUUCGUAUUCUCCCUCUCUCUGCAACACCAAAGAGAAGAUAUGAAGAGGUAUUCAAAGCCACUCUAAGUUCAGACAUAAAGCCCACCUUCGGGUGAAGAGAGAGGGAGAUGCUGUGUAGUACAUGAGGCAAGGGGCAAUCAGAGAUGAAGGAUGUUAUUUGGUAUUAUGGUCUACCUACAUGCUGUCCAACAGGAGGUGUAGAACAAUAAUUUAAACCCGGAUUAUUUUAUGAUUUUCAGAUAUUUCUUGGUUUGCUUCAGUUCAAAUUAGAACUCGAAGAUUGUAAGAGUUAAAGAGGCAUGUGAUGACAUCAUUCAAUAGGUUGUGGUGUCUUUCAAAUGCAUAUACAAAUAUGGAAUAGCAAUAA